CGCGUCACGAAUCCGCCGCCGCGGGAAUGUGACGUCAUCGCGCCACCAUGGCGGAGCUCAGUGAGUUGACGAACGUGAGGCGACGAUUCAAGACAAACGAAGAAGAAGAACACGACGAGCAGAGUUCUGGUCCUGAUGAGGCUGUGGAUGUGAAAACACCCGCUCGGAUCAACCGGCACUCGGUGUUCUGGAUCGCGGCGUCUGUCGCUCUCACCUACUACCUGGACUUUUUCACUGUUGUUCUGAACCACAGUGACAUUCACAGCUGGUGGUUUUGCGUGGGUCUGGUUUUGCUGGGACUGUGUGUCGGUCUGGCCGGGUUCUGUAUCGUGUAUCUGGAGUGGUUCAGAGGAAUCAAGCACUAUGAUCAGGAGUAUCCGGCCGUCCCCGCCGUCACCACCGCAGCCUUCAUCGCCGCGUCCUGCAGCUUGAACAUCGCUCUGUGGCCCGUCUGGUCGUUCUUCACUCCGGUGAUUCUGUUCACUCAGUUCAUGGGUGUGGUGAUGCUGAUCUCACUGCUGGGAUGAAACAUGCGCUCACCGAAUCACGGCCGGAGUCUCCGCGUGUCUGUAAUGAAGCCGACGGCGACGGAUAAAGAGGUCAGCUGAUCGGUGACGGACAUGUGACCUCCCUCUGACCUCUGACCUCUGCUUUAGUCCAGUGCUGAGGACUCGCUUUAAUGAACAACGAGACAUUCAGCAGCAUCUGACGUCUCGGAUCAGCAGACACUCGUAUUUUCCCGUUACAGAAGGUGUUUAAGGUUUCCUGAACAUCAGACAGACAGAGGUCAUUCAGUCAGGUGAACGGGGUUUUCUUUGAGGUCCUGUAGACUGCUGAUUACUGCGUUUUCUAAAAGUGCACAUUGAUUUAUAUUAACUUGAAACACACACCGCUUUAAACGGAUCACUAAAGAUACUUGGCACUUGUGUUUUACACCGCAUUUUAAUGUUUGUCUGAAAUUAACCAACUGAUGAAAUAAAGUACAUUUGUAUUAAAUUCA